AUGUCCAGUGCUGCUUUAGCAUGUGAACUGAAAAUCCAGGACUUGGCUUUUGUUUAUUUUGACACGCAUGAUGAUCUAGAUUCCCCAGAAGUGAAUGAAAAUGGAUACUUCGAUGCAAUGGGCCUUUCUAUGUUGUGUGGAGAGAGUUGGGCUUACAUGAUGUCCACUGUGCCAGGAUACCAAGCCCACAAAUAUGAUUGUUUUCUGUAUUGCGGGUUGCGUGACCAGACUAGUGUUCAACAUCAACGUGUGAUAGAUGCUGGAAUGACGUCUAUAUGGGGGGAAACAUCUCAUAAAGUUAAUUUUGCUGGUGAGCUGCAGCGUCACUUGCAACAAAAGUCGUAUAGCCCUGCACUGGUUCAUCUAGACUUGGAUGUUCUUGAUGAAUUUUAUGGGAAAGUAAAUGACUACCCAUCUCCUGGAGGAAUAUUUGAGUCAGAAUUAAUAGAGUGUAUGAAGAUUGUUCCAAAGUACAGCAAACCGACUUCAUUGACAGUCUGUUCGUUCGAUCCAGAUUCUGAUGAUGGUGAUAAAAUUGCCAAAAUUGCUAUGCGCGCUAUAGUGACGUUUUUCGAAUCCGUCAUGAGUAAUGAGUAA